AGAAGCCGAAACCCUCACCCUCAAAUUAUCUUUUUGUUUUUCAAACCGCAGUGGAAAGAAAAGAAAAAACACUCACCAAAUUAGGGUCUUCUUCUUUUUAUCUCUCUUCUUCUUCUUCUCCUCUCUCUAAAGUUGAAGCAGAAACUGUGAAUCUAACAGAGAAAGAAUGGCCGCAGAGGCUAAUAGAUCUGGUACUGGUAGUGGAUCAGCCGAUUCUUACAUCGGAAGUUUAAUUAGUUUAACAUCUAAGUAUGAAAUUCGUUACGAAGGAGUUCUUUACGACAUCAAUACUGAAGAGUCUAGUAUUGGUUUGAGAAAUGUAAGAUCAUUUGGAACAGAAGGACGAAAGAAGGAUGGACCACAAAUUCCUCCUAAUGACAAGAUUUAUGAGUAUAUUCUCUUCCGUGGAAGUGACAUCAAGGAUUUACAGGUUAAGUCUUCCCCUGUUCCUACGACGCCACCUAUUGAUCAUGAUCCGGCUAUUAUACAGUCUCACUACUCUCACCCACCAGCCGUACCUACAAGUUUUCCUCCUCCUGUUAGUGGCCCUGUAACAGAUCAUAGUUCUCAGACUUCUCAAAUGGGACCUCCUGCGGGUUCAUCAUUCCAAGGCGGUAUGCCUUUACAUCAAUCUGGUGGAAGCUUAGGUCCUUGGGGGUCAUCACCUCUGCCUCCAAAUGUGAAUGGUAGUGGACUUGCUAUGCCAAUGUACUGGCAAGGUUACUAUCCUCCGCCAACUGGCUUGUCAAUGCCUCCCUCCAUGCAGCAACCUAUGCUUCGACCACCAACUGGUUUGUCAAUGCCUCCCUCCAUGCAGCAACCUAUGCAAUACCCUAACAUCAAUUCAUCUUUGCUAUCGGGAUCUACAAACUUGCCGGUUUCAAGUUUACCAGAUAUAGGUUCUCCCCUUCUACAAUCUAGUAGUAAUCAUUCACAACCUUUAACCUCCACUGCCCUAUCCUCUACUCUGCCUUUGACUUUCUCUACAGUCCAUUCUGCUGCAUUAGGACCUGACACCACAUCAAAUCUUAUACCAAAUAAGGCCCCUGUUUCUGGUUAUCCACCAGCACCAAUAAGUGCCAGCAAUUCAUUUGUCUCUCCUGCACCAAAUAACAUUUUUGAUACAAUUGGAAACGGAGCUCCGACCUCUGAGAAACCUAAGAGUGUGACUGGGUAUGCUGCAGCAGAUCAAAAAAUGCCCCAAUUGGUCAAUCCUGGGGCAUCAAGUUUAACUCGUGUUGAAGCACCAGUUCCUUCCCUGGUAACACCAAGUCAGAUACUGAAAUCUGGACCCACUGCAUUUUCCUCAUCGAUGUCUUCAGAACUUGCUCAUAAAGAUGUAGAAGUGGUGCAAACAUCACCACCAGAGCCACCUCGAGCUCCAGCUGAAACUCAGCCACCAAUAUUGCCACUACCUUCUCCACCUGAACAAAGGCGGAAUGCAGCUCAAUAUCACAAUUAUCACAACCAUCACAGCUAUAACAGUUACAAUUACAGGGGGCGUGGAAGAGGAAGAAGAAAUGGAAUUUUAGGUGCUCCAACUAAAUUCACAGAGGACUUUGAUUUCACGGCUAUGAAUGAGAAAUUCAACAAAGAUGAAGUAUGGGGUCAUCUUGGUAAAAUAGCUCAGUCGAAGGACAAAGAAGCGGAUGAGAAUGAGGAGGAUGAGGAUUAUCCUCAAGAUGAAGAUGUUACCGAGUCAUCGAAAACAGAUGGAAAGCCUGUUUACGUGAAGGAUGACUUCUUUGACUCUCUUUCGAGUAAUGCACUUGAUCAAGAACGGAGAAAUGGAAGGACCAAGUUCUCUGAACAGGUGAAAAUAGACACCGAGACUUUUGGAAAUUUUCCGAGGCAUCGUGGUGGCUGGGGUGGUCGAGGUCCACCACGAGGUGGACGUUCACGAGGUUACUAUCAUGGAACAGGGAAUGGUGGCUACGUAGGAGGAAGGGGCCGAGGUCAGGCAAUGUCUGGACGUGGCUACUACUAGUUAUGUUGGAGAAAAAACCGCAACACGUAUAUGGGUUUUUAGUCUGUGUGGCCCGUGAUUCCUUGUAAUUUUUAGUAUCAGAAGUAGGCACAGUCGGAAGAUUAAUGGAGGAUUUUGCCUGAAACUCUUGAUAGCUUGCUGUGUAGUUUUUGCUGGUUAGUGCUCUAGUUGCCUGUUUAUUUUCUUGGUAGGUAGAAACACUGGUUUUAGUUUUCAGGUACCACUUUAACUUUCUUGUCUCUGUAUUGAAGAAAAUGUUGCUCGAUAUUUGGUAGUCAAUGUUUUUUUAACAAGCGCAAUUCCCUAAUUGUACAUGGGUUGGUUGUUCGCUGGCUACCUGCACCUACCAUUUCUGUUCGGGCAAAAAAUAUUAUUCAUACUGGAUCCAGUAGUACUGGUCCUCAUCCAACUCUAUGAAGUCCCCCCUUUUUUU